UCCCGUCUCAAAACUUUUGCAGCGUUUAUCCGCCAUUGGAGGCAAGCUUGCACAGCUAUGCAGUGCCGUGCAUGCUGAGAACGAGCUGACGCCGGAGGUGAGGAGGAAGAGGAGGUUAAAUAAAUCUAGAGUUUUCUUUUGCCAAAAAAAAAAAGAAAUCUGGAGGCUAGAGUUGAGUUGGACGCAACAGUCACCAGUCACGCACCCACCGGCGGCCACUCCACCCGGGGAGACCCGAACCCAACUAAACCCCCUGACCCGAGCCGGCGAACCCCUCCACCUUUGUCGCGUCCUCGCGUGUCCCCUUCUCCUCACCGGCGCCACGCGUCGCGACACCCUCCGCCAUGCCGCCGUCGCCGCCUCCCGCGUCCGCCGCCUCCCGCGCGGCCAUGCUGCAGUCCGUCCACAGCCUCGCCUCCUACAGCGACACCCUCGCCGACUUCCUCGAUCAGUGGAACUCCGUCAUCCUCGACGCCGCCUCCAUCGCCGCCACCUUCGCCGUCCUCUUCCCCGGCCCCGAACCCGACCCAAAACCCCUUCCCGCCGCCGAGGCCCAGCUCAGCCCCGCGCCCGAGCCGGAGAGGAAGCCCGAGCCCGAUCUCGCGCCGGAGACCGAACCCAAUGCCGUGCCGGAGCCAGAGCGGGAGCGGGAGCCCAGUCCCUCAUCGGAGCCGGAGCGGCAACCCAUUCCCGCACCAGAGCCGGAGGGGGAGCCCAAGCCCAAGCCCGUGCGGGAGCCCGCACCCGCACCCGAGCCCGAGCCCGAGCACAAGCCCGCACCCAAUCCCGUCCGCGAGCGCAAGGACGGCGACCCAUCGGCGGCGGAGCUGGACCUCAGGUGCAAGCAGAUGAACUUCAGGGAGCUCCGCCGCUUCGUCACCGCCCACGUCCGGGACCGCGAGUGGCUGCGCCAGGUCGGGCCGGACGCGCUGCGCCGCGCCGAGGACCCCGCCUGGCUCGUGCUCCGCGCCGUUGGCCGCUACUACAUCUGCGCCGAGAGCGGCGACGCGGAGGCCGCGUGCAUGCUCCUCCUCGAGCUCUACGUGCGCGCCGGGUGCCCCCGCGGCCGGGGUCAGGGCCACAGGGAGGCAGAGCUGCGGCAGGAGGCGCGCGAGGCGGCGCUCACGUGGCGCAGCCGCCUUCUGCGCGUCAGCGGCCGGGUCGGCGAUGCCGGUGCUAGGGAAGCCCGCGGCCUCGCUUUCUUCAUGGCUGCCUUCGGAGUGCCCGUCGAGUUCCCCGUGCAGGAGCUCUACGACCUUUUGGUUGCUGCGGACGUCUCAGCCUGCACCAAGGUGCUCAAAUGCUCCAAGCUCUUUGUGAAGAAGAUGCGAGAUGUCGUUGUCGAAAUGAUAAAUAGGGACAUGUAUCUUCAGGCAAUACACAGUAUCCUUGCAUUUGAGUUUCCGAAUGCUUUCCCUCUUGGUUCAACACUCACUCACAUCAUGGAGAAACUUGAGCACGAUAGGAAAGAUGAGAAUGAGGGGCAGGCAUUGGAGCGUGACGAGGAGGAGUUGGCUCUUUUGAGGUCAAUAUCCAAAUGCAUGGAGGAUCACAAAUUAUCCCUCUUUGAAUUUCCUAGUUUUGCUGAGAGGAUUGUGUUGUUAGAAGAGCGUGUCGGGAAGCCAAAACAAGCCUUUGCAGGAAUAAAGCGGAAGAGAACAACAGAAGAGGACUGUGUCGAGUAGAAUGCAUCCUAGAACCUAACUUCCCAUAUGGUUGAGCUGCUUGUAAUGUGCAUUACCUAAUUUGCUUUGUGCCAGAUAGAACCAGCAUCAGGGGCACAUACGCCAUCCUGAAAUCACCAGAUCAAAUAGUUUCAGCCCUCCAAAUUAUAUGCAGAGUAACCAUCAUGUUAUAGACAUGUAGAAAGUCUUCCUAAUAGCGUCCUGAAAGCCCAUAAGGAUGGAUCAUAUGUGGCUAUGUGCUACAAGAGGCCACUUCCGUCACAGAACCUAGUAAGAGUGUAAGAAGGUUAAUGUUGGUUAAACAUGCUUAUGAUAAGCUUGACCUAUUUUGCGAUUUCCCUAACCAA